AUUUAGGCCGGGUGGCAGCACUGACACAGUCUUAAUUGUUUACUUUUUGCUGAUAAUGCAAAGAGAGCGGGAGAGAGAAUCAUUAUUCUUCUGAGCGAGACUUUGUUACCUGAACUUGGCUUUGUUAGUUGCAUAAAAAGAGCACGAUUGAUAAGAAUGAGGAAAAGCAUACAGAAACAAGUCGGUAGACUCGGAGCUAGCAGUUGCAGCUAGCGUUGACAUUGAUAAAGGCCAUAUUGAUAAGUAGUCAUACAUACGGAGCGGAACACUCAAGUUUAAAGCGCUCAGCACAUCAACAGAAAUCAGUUGCGAGCAAACUGCCCAGCAAAACAGACGUACAACAAAAUCGGCAAUCGGCGAGCUAACCCCGAAAGUAGGAGGCCGCAAAUGAAUGAAUGAACGACGACGACAAGUGCAAGAAACGAGUUACGUUAAUAACACAUAACAAAAAGCACAUACUGAAGAAGCGCUCAGUUUCGACGUGCAGAGAGAGGUCAGCGAUCUUUAACCAGCUCCAAGCUCCACCUAAAAGCGUCAGCAUCAACCAUUAGCCAUAUUAGCAGUCCAUGCUUAUGUUUAAACAAAACAAAAAACAUUCAAUUUCAAGGGUAGACGCAGUGGAAACGUGUUAUCGGCAAUAAAUUGUGUGAUUCAGCUGCUAACAGACAGACAGAGAGACAGACAGGCAAUCAGCCAAGUUAAUUACUUGUGUGUACUGAGAGAUCCAUAAGCAGAACCAAAGAAGACCAGACCCCGUCAAUAAACAGUACAUAGUGCAAGCUUGAAGCGUACGGUUCUAAAUUCGAAUAUUGAAUAUGGCACCACCCACUGUCUUGGUCACUGGCGGCGCGGGAUACAUUGGCUCCCACACAGUGCUGGAAAUGCUUAAUGCUGGCUAUAAUGUCAUCUGUGUGGACAAUCUAUGCAAUGCGUACAGCGGUGGCGCCUCAAAGUUGCCGGAGGCACUCAGUCGCGUCCAGGAAAUCACCGGCAAAAAGGUCAACUUCUAUCGUGUGGACAUCACGGAUCGCGAGCAAGUUCGCUCCGUUUUCCAGGAGCACAAAAUCGACAUGGUCGCUCACUUUGCCGCCCUCAAGGCUGUUGGCGAAUCCUGUCGCAUACCACUGCAGUACUAUCACAACAACAUGACUGGCACCAAUGUCCUGCUGGAGGCCAUGGCCGACAAUAAUGUCUUCAAAUUUGUGUACAGCUCCAGCGCUACCGUUUACGGUGAACCGAAGUUUCUGCCCGUCACCGAGGAGCAUCCAACGGGCAACUGCACAUCGCCUUAUGGCAAAACCAAAUAUUUCACAGAGGAGAUUCUCAAGGAUCUGUGCAAGUCGGAUAAGCGUUGGGCGGUUGUCUCGCUGCGUUACUUUAAUCCCGUGGGCGCACACAUAAGCGGACGCAUUGGUGAGGAUCCCAAUGGUGAGCCCAACAAUCUGAUGCCCUACAUUGCCCAGGUGGCAGUGGGUCGUCGGCCACGUCUCAGUGUCUACGGCAGUGAUUUUCCCACUAAGGACGGCACUGGCGUGCGUGACUAUAUACAUAUCGUUGAUUUGGCUGAGGGUCACCUCAAGGCAUUGGACAAGUUGCGCAACAUUGCCGAGACGGGUUUCUUCGCCUUCAAUCUGGGCACGGGCGUUGGCUGCUCUGUGCUGGAACUGGUGCACGCUUUUGAACGUGCAUCCGGCAAGAAGGUCGCCUACGAUCUGGUCGAUCGUCGUUCGGGAGAUGUGGCCACAUGCUUUGCGGACGCACAGCUGGCGGAGCGGGCUCUGGGCUGGAAGGCAACGCGUGGCAUUGACAAGAUGUGCGAGGAUACGUGGCGCUGGCAGAGCCAAAAUCCCAAUGGAUAUGCCAACAAAUAUCUUGCCUCACUGCGUGGCAAUGUGCCCUUCCCCUAUGCCCCCUCUACGUGUGCCACUUUCUUUCUGUUAUCAACUGUAUCUUUCUGCAAGUUCCUCCCUCGUUCUACAAUACCAUAUUACGUGUAUUUAAUUCCUCUAAUUAGCUAAAUGCUUGCGUACAACUAGUUAUGUAUAUUUUGUUUGUCAAAUUUUAGGUGCAAAGCGUUACAAAAUUAAUGUAUGUGUGUAUGUCAAUCCAAAGUACAUUGUAAUUAAAAAGCAACAACAAGCUGCAUCUGCUUACAAUUAUUUAAUCAGAAUGCAGUCACAAGGUCAAGGUCGAAAUCGAUGAUAAGAAAACAAUUCUACUCUUUUCUAGAGGCAAACAUUUAUUCAAUGCAAUUCAACAUUUAAAAACUCAUUUUAAAAAUACUUAAAUAAUGUGUAUUUAUAAAUAUUUAUAAAAAAAACACAUCUGCACAAGUAACGGCAUUUAUCACAAUUAUGUACUAUUUAGUUUUCAACAACUUUGCGUUCUUAUUUUUUUUUGGAAUGCUGCUGAUUGUAUAGAGGCUGUAUCUAAGUGGAAAGUGUAUAAAAGUACAAAAUUGUUUAUAAAUAUGUAGUAAUCCGACCUAUUUCGAGAGUAUGAUGAUAUUCUAUUGAGAAUGUACAUGAGAAAUUUGAUUUAUACACUUUGUAAUGCUUUGGAAAUCGAGCAAAUGUUCGAUCCCUUGGUGAAAUUGGCUUAAGUCUAUGUGAUUUGCAGCUUGUGGUAAGUCCUUUUUGGUUUUGGCAAUAUUGUUCUUGGCAAUUCGUACAACAAGUGGAGUAUACAAUGCAUAUGUCAAUCUAGAACGUAAACCAAUUCAAAAUAAAUCAAUCAAUC